AGCUCGGCAUCUCGUACUCGGCAGAUCGUGCUCGAGUUCAUCAUGCUUUUAAGCUCGGCAGCUCGUGUUGGAGUUCUGCAUCAUGCCUUUGAGCUCGGCAGCUCGUGCUGGAGUUCUGCAUCAUGCCUUUGAGCUCGGCAGUUCAUGCUUGAGUUCUGCAUCAUGCUUUUGGGCUUGGCAGCUCGUGAGCUCCUCGUGCUUCAGCACUUCGCAACUCAUGCUCCAGCAGUUCACAGCUCGUGCUCUUGCAGACUUCGCAACUCGCGUUGUAGCAGGGAUUUUGCAACUCAUGCACCAGCAUGAAGUUCGUGGCUCAUGCUCCAGCUGGGACUUCACAGCUCGCGCUCAAGCAAGGAUUUUGCAGCUUGUAGAGAUUUUCAUACUGGCAAGCUGCCUGGUCAGAGACUCAUCUCUUGGAUUCCCAUUGAGAUCGCCCUGUUUGCUAGCUUGUUUUUCUAGGAACUCUCAUCUUAACUCCUUUUAUUCCAUUGUUCACAUGGAUGUGGAAGUGCCACUUCAAGCCGGCAACUUUCACCAAAAGUAUGUAACACAUAUUUGAUGUGUUUUGUUGUGAGUUGUUGAGUAUCCAUGUGUAAAAAAGUUUGCAAAGCUUAUUUAUGAACCGGAUGAAAUAUAGCUUCUUUUCUUGUUUCUUGUCAAAAAUGGAUCUAUAGACCUGGGGAGAAGCUAGAUCUACAAUGACAGCAAAGCAACAAAGCUUUUUAUUCAGU